UGUACUCCGUGAUGUUUCCAAAUCACUUUUGUAGACUAAUCUUUUGAUAAAAGUUUCAGCUCCUUAGUUUAUUUGGUGUUUGUUUCUCUUAUAGGUUUCCUUCCUUUAACACUGUACCUUUGUACAUUCUCCCAUAAAGAAGUUUUGUCAACAAUGCACUAGAAGUAUCUCAAAAUACGAUGCCUAUCUCAUUUUCUCUCUGAUUUAGCUCUCAUCCUAAUCUUAAGGCACCGAAGAUUAAGCUCGAUUUUGAGGACCCUCUAAUAAGGGUAUGGUUGGAUAAAAUGACUAACAUGCCAUGGGCUGCCCUAGAGGUGACGCUUUGCUAUUCAUUUAAUUUAUUUGCUCUGUUUCCAAACUGGAGUUUCUUCUCAUGCAGAAAUCCUUAUUUUUCCCAAAAGGCUUAUGAAAAUUUUGGUGAGAACAUGUUGCUGCUUCAGUGCAGAAAUACGGCCUCUCUUCCAAAGCCAUGUAACUUGGUACCAAAUGUAAAAAUGGAGGUCCUCCUGCUUUUGCUGGGUCUGCUCGGUAACUCUGCCGCCAUGCCUUUCCAGAUGCCAAUGCCCCGGAUGCCUGGAUUUAGCAGUAAAAGUGAAGAGAUGAUGCGAUAUAGUCAAUUCAACUUCAUGAAUGCCCCACCUAUGAUGCAUAUGGGCCCAUAUGGAAAUGGUUUGCCAAUGCCUCCACACAUGCCUCCGCCAUACCCUCCAUACCAGAUGCCCAUGUGGCCUCAGCCAGUACCCAAUGCAUGGAAUCCACCCCCAAUGCCCAAUUUCCCGAGCAAGACCGAUCAAACCCAGGAGACUGCCAAACCCAACCAGACCAAUCCGCAAGAGCCACAACCACAGAAACAGCCUCCAAAGGAACCACCAAAUGAAGCAGCACGGGCCAAAGAGGAAGCCCAGCCACCUCAGCCAUUUCCACCAUUUGGCAAUGGGCUUUACCCCUAUCAACAACCACCAUGGCCUAUUCCACAGAGGGGACCACCACCAGCCUUUGGACGUCCAAAAUUCAGCAAUGAAGAAGGAAAUCCUUACUAUGCAUAUUUUGGAUAUCACGGCUUUGGGGGUCGUCCUUAUUAUUCGGAAGAGAUGUUUGAAGAUUAUGAAAAACCCAAAGAAAAAGAUCCUCCUAAACCAGAGGACCCACCCCCAGACGACCCACCCCCAGAGGCCUCCACUAACUCAACUGUGCCAGAGGCUAACGCCACACAGUCAGUUCCUGGAGGAAGUCAAGGCGGAAAUGAUACUAGCCCAAUAGGGACCAGGGGCCCUGGGCCGAAUGCUGGCAACAACCCUACAGUUCAAAAUGGUAUCUUCCCUCUCCCUAAAGUAAAUGUUUCAGGCCAAGGAGUAUCGAAAAACCAAAUUCCGUGGAGACCAAGUCAGCCAAAUAUUUAUGAGAAUUAUCCUUAUCCGAAUAUGCGAAAUUAUCCUUCAGGAAGACAAUGGCAAACCACCGGUACCAUGGAGCCCAGACAGAACAGACCUGGUUACCAAAACCCACAAAUACAAAGGGGUCCUCAGUGGAAUUCCUUUGCUUGGGAAGGCAAACAAACUACUCGUCCAGGAAAUCCAACUUACCGCAAACCUCUCCCUCCUACUUCAGGAGUCAAUUAUCCCAACUCUGGAGGAAAUCCAGUAAAUUUUGGAAGAAAAUUGCCUGGGCCAAAUAAACCCUUUCUGGGAGCCAAUCCGGCCCCAAAUAAACCCUUCAUGGGACCCAAUCCGGCCUCAAAUAAACCCUUCAUGGGAACCAAUCCAGCCCCAAAUAAACCCUUCAUGGGAACCAAUCCGGCCCCAAAUAAACCCUUCAUGGGAACCAAUCCGGCUUCAAAUAAACCCUUUCUGGGAGCCAAUCCAGCCUCAAAUAAACCCUUUGUGGGAGCCAAUCCAGCCUCAAAUAAACCCUUUGUGGGAACCAAUCCUGCUGCAAAUAAACCCUUUGUGGGAACCAAUCCUGCUGCAAAUAAACCCUUUGUGGGAACCAAUCCUGCUGCAAACAAACCAUCUAUAGGAACCAAUGCUGCCUCAAAUAAACCCUUUGUGGGAACCAAUCCUGCUGCAAAUAAACCACUUGUGAGAAACAAUGCUGCCUCAAAUAAACCACUUGUGAGAAACAAUGCUGCCUCAAACAAACACCCUGUGGGAACCAAUGUGGCCUCCGUGGGUCCUAAACAGGUUACUGAUAGCCACAAUGUGAAAACCCAAAAUCCAAAGGAAAAGUCACUAGGUCAAAAAGAAAGAACAGUUAGUCCCACAAAAGAUACAGCCAGACCUUGGAGAAACUCUCAACAAUACGGAAUUAACAAACCAAAUUAUAAUUUGCCUCGCCCUGAGGGUAGCAGGGUAAGCCCAAAUUUUAAUUCUUUUGAUCAACAAGAAAACUCCUACUUCCCAAGAGAAGAUUCCAGAAGAGUACCAAGUCCCAAAAAACAAAUCCAAAGCCAGAAUCUGCCCAAAGGAAUUGCUUUAGAGCCAAGAAGAACCCCAUUUGAAUCAGAAACUAGGAAACCUGAAUUAAAGCAUAGCACACAACAGCCUGCAUACCCUAAGAAAAUCCCUUCUCCUACAAGAAAACAUUUCCCUGCUGAAAGAAACUCCUGGAAUCACCAAGAAAUCCCUCCACCCUUAAAGGAAGAUCAUGGGAGGCAGGAAGAAAUGUUACCUUAUCCUUCCUAUGGCUCUAGAGGAAAUAUUUUUUACCAUGACUAUAACAAUCCUUACUAUCCUAAUGAGAAUUCACCAUACAUUAGAAGCAAUACAUGGAAUGAGAGGGUUAGCUCUCUCAGUACUAUGAGGCAACCAGAAAAUCCACAGUACCCUAUGAAUUCUCUAGACCAGAAGGAGACAGAGCAGUAUAAUGAAGAGGAUCCAAUUGAUCCAAAUGAAGAUGAAUCUUUUCCAGGACAAAGUAAAUGGGGUGAUGAAGAGCUGAACUUCAAAGGAAGCCCAACAAUUAGGCAGUAUGAAGGUGAUAAAUAUGCCUCAACCCUACCACAAGAAUAUCUUCCCUAUUCCUUAGGUAAGCCACCUAAGGAAACUUUUCCUUACAGUGAAAUCUAUCCCUGGAAUCCACAUGAAAAUUUUCCAAUCUAUAAUCCAGGUCCUACGAUAGCACCACCUGUGGACCCCAGAAAUUAUUAUAUUAAUAAUGCCAUAGGACAAGAAGAAAGCACUCUCUUUCCUUCAUGGACCUCCUGGGACCAUGGGACUCAAGCACAGAAGCAAAAAGAAAGUGAGCCAUAUUUCAAUGGAAAUGUCUGGGGUCAGUCCACGAAUUUACACAAGUCUAAUCCACCAAACCAGAAGAGGAACCAUCCUUAUUCCACCAACUCCCCUGCUGGACUUCCAAAAGACCCAACAUGGCUUGAAGGUGAGAAUUUGAACUACGAUUUACAAAUUACUAGUUUAAGUCCACCGGAGAGAGAACAGUUGCCUUUCCCUGGUUUCAUUCCUCAAAGUUACCCAUCAGGCCAAAAUGAAGCACACUUAUUUCACCAAAGUCAGAGAGGUUCCUGCUGUAUUGGUGGCUCCACGGCACAUAAAGACAAUGUGCUGGCUCUACAAGACUACACUUCAUCCUAUGGUCUGGCACCAAGGGAGAUCAAAAAAACCAGCCCUGUGCAUACAGAAAGUAGUUAUACCAAGUAUGCAAGACCUAAUGUCUCCCCAACAAUCAUCCUACCUAGUCAAAGAAACAUCUCAGAGAAUAAACUAACUGCAGAAAGCCCAAACCCAAGUCCUUUUGGAGAUGGUGUGCCUGCUCUGAGGAACACACCAUAUUCUGGAAAGAAUCAACUGGACGCCGGAAUUAUGGCCUUUCCUGAAGCCAGCUCUCCUCAGCCAAAAAAUACACCCUGUCUUAAAAGUGACCUUGGAGGAGAUCGGAGGGAUGUUCUGAAACAGUUUUUUGAAGGCAGCCAGCUCAGUGAAAGAACUGCAGACCUUAUUCCUGAACAGCUCAUUAUUGACAUCCCUGAUAAAGGCUCUGGCCCAGACAGCAUACAAAGUGAAGGCCAAGGAAAUGGGGAUGAGAUGCAGCAGCAAAGACCACCUACCAUCCUUAAGGUGCCAUGCUUUAGCUCCAAAUUAGCAAAGUUUCACUCUUCAAGCACUGGACCUCCAACUAAUGAUGGAAGACAAAGCCUGCUUAGUGGUGCUCUCUCUACACCUACUGAAAAUCCUAAGACAUCAGUUGGGUUAGCUACUAGGGAACAAUUUAAAAGUAUAAAUGUAGAUCAAGCAAAUGCAGAUGAACACACUACAUUUGAAGCUUUUCAAGGAACCAGUCAAGAGGACCAAGUACAAGGCUGCUUACUGCUUCAGGCUUAGGGAUCACUUCAACCAAGCAUUCUCGGGGCAUGCAAACAACUAGCAAUCCUUCGUCAAUGAUUUUGUAAUUCUGUCCCCUGAGACUUGAUUAUCUGAUCUUCUUGCUGAUCCCUACGUCUUUCACCCUCCCAACAGUAGACACAGUGGCCCAGGUAGAGUUAAUGAGGGUGGGCCUUUGGGGCUGGCUGGAUCCAGCACUGUAACAAAUUAGUGCACACUUAAGAAAAAGCAUGAAGGCUAUGACCAUUCCUGCCUUGAAACUUGGAAGCUAUUUGUCUGAUUGUCUGAGUUAGUUUCCUCUUUCUGGCUCAUUUAUCCUUUUUCUCUCGAACUCCUUACAACAUUGUCUGGUUUUGCACACCCCGCAGGCUGUUGAGUCUUCCAUUUCUAUAGAGGCCCACACACCAGCACAGUCCUGAUGCACUGUACGCUUUUUCCUUUGUGUUGUUCUUGUUCGUUCUGUUUCCCAGUUAAUAUGAUCUCUGGCAUUUUUCCUUCUACUGUCCUCUAACGUCAUCAUUGGCUUCCUUCUUUCUCCUUUGAUCUUCUCUUUCUCCAUCCUUCUCUAUAGAGCUCCUCCCCCUUCUCUCUCCAUCACUUCUCACAUUCUGAAGUAGCUAUCCUUGACCGUCGUCUGUCUGGUCUGUAUCCUAGUAUGGAACUUGGACCUUUAACCAAUUCAUUUUUCCUCUCUGACUCUUUUUUCUCCUUAAAUUUCUUGUUUUUCC